UGACAAGUAACUUUCGCUCAUGCGAGCCGGGAGCCGGAAAGUGGCAGCUGUUCAAUUGACGGCAGGGUUGUAUUUCAUAGAAUCCAAUAAAUUUUUCACGCAACAGCAUAGUGGCAGCAUCAAAUGUGGAACAUAACAAACCGCUAAACAGUUGAUUAAAAACAGUCGGAAGUGGUGGUUGCGUUUUGGCAGCUGCGCUUUGUUGUGUGGUUGAAACGUUAAUAAAAGUGAGAAGGGAAAAUGUAAAUGGAAACCGCAACUUCGUGACAUAUAAUGUAAACCGCCUAAUAGAAAAGUGAAGCGCAAUAAAUGCUAAUGAAACAGCUUUAAACAACAUUAAUUAGUGUUAAAUGUAUCAGUUGUCAAAACACAAAAAUCGAAUGCUGCGCAAAAUAGAAUUAGUAAACAGUGCGCUUAAAAAAAAAACAAAUUUUCAAAAGUAAACAUUAAAGCGCAGCAAAUUUAAUGACGAGCACAAUGAAUCAGUAUUCCAUGGCACAAACUGCAUUUAUACUCACAGAACUAAAGACCGCAAAGUCGUUUUAAAAUUUAAACUAAAAAAUAAUAUUUGCGAUGCAUUAAAUUAAAAAAAAUACAACGCGCUGAAAUAAACGUACAAAAAGAACGCUAAAAAGUAAGUGCACAAUGUAUUAGCAAAACCGCGAUUGACGAGUGUAAACAUAGUGUAAACACUAAAACAAAAAAAAAACAAAAAAUAAAUAAAUUGCAAUUGAAAAGUGGUACAAAAGCAUUAAGCCCAAGUAGUAUGAUAAUCCUACGCAUGGGAGUGAAAAGUUUGCAGCGCAGCCCCUGUGCCCUUUUCACGCCACACCAAACCAACGAAGACGAAAUGCAUUUUGUACUACAUUAAUGUGGCGGUACCCAUUAAACGGACGCGAGCAUUGUUGUCAACAAAGCCAGACGCAAGGGCGCACAAGUAACUAAUUCAAAUCAAAUAGUUAAGUGAAACAAGCGAUUUACUUACGACUGUCAGUUGUCAAAGUGCACCAAACAACAAACAACCAACCCAAAAAAUAAAAACGGACAAACAAUAAAUCAGCAAAUCAAUCAUAUCGUAGUAACAACUAGUCGCAAGCAGCCGCUCCAGCGCAAACUGUCCGCUUGGCCAAAGGCUCCAGUUGAUGGUGGUGUUCGCCUUCCCAUGAUGACCUCGUAUUUUGAAUUGUUUGCACUGUUUCUGCUGCUUAUGUUGCCAUUUCCGUUCUUCUACGAGAAUAGUCACAUAUUUCGUUACUACUUCAAGUUUUUCAUCUACUAUGGCAUUGUGUCGAUAAAUUCCAUCAUUUUGAUACCAUUCCUGUUGCGACCGUUCGAUGUGCGAAAUUUGCUUUGGGCGAGCACCUUUUGCCACCGCGUAUCGACUUUGAUCGGUCUCCGUUGGGAACUUCGCGGCAAAGAACAUCUGGAAAAGGAGCAGGCAUGCAUAAUUGUGGCGAAUCAUCAGAGUUCAUUGGAUAUACUAGGUAUGUUCGAAAUCUGGCACGUAAUGAACAAAUGCACUGUGGUGGCGAAACGUGAACUCUUCUAUGCCUGGCCCUUUGGUCUGGCCGCCUGGCUGGCCGGCCUCAUUUUCAUUGAUCGUGUACGCGGCGAAAAGGCACGCAAUACACUGAAUGCCGUUAAUAGCCGCGUAAAGAAGGAAAAAAUCAAAUUAUGGGUAUUUCCGGAGGGUACGCGUCGCAACACCGCGGAAUUGCAUCCCUUCAAGAAGGGCGCCUUUCACAUGGCCAUCGAUGAACAAAUACCCAUACUGCCUGUAGUCUUCAGUUCGUAUUGUAGUUUCCUCAAUGAUAAGAUGAAAAUUUUGAAUGCAGGCAAUAUAAUCAUAACCGCCAUGCCACCAAUAAGCACAACAAAUCUAACCAAAGACGAUCUACCCGAACUGAUGGAGCGUGUACAUCGACAAAUGGCAUUGACGUUGAGGCAAGCAUCGGCCGAAGUGUUGGCGCGUUAUAAGACAGUCAAGCAGCAAACGGCGCUGAAUGCGGCGCCUGCGUCAAGCAACAGCAUCCACAGUAGCAACAACACAAAUGCUGCAAUUGCAAUGUAAGUAUUAGCUGUGGUAGCGAAAGCGGAGGCGUAAGUAACUUGAAUAGUAGAGUUGCUGCUCCCAACAGCCAAACUAUAAAUUUUGCAAGCGCAGCCCAUGCGCCACCUGCAACUUCGGCAGCAACGGUUGAGUCUGCUUCAUUGCAACAGCAUGUGGCACGCGGCACUGCCUUGGCGGCGGCGGAGGAGUACGAGAUAGCGCAGUGUGAAUAGGCAAAGCAUCUGCGCUGAGGCGACCCGUUAGGCGGAAGGCGGAAGAAGAUAGAAUAGUGCAAUUCAAAUUAGCGCUAGUGACACACACACACACACACCGAAACUCGUACACAACGCAACACACAUCCGCACAAUUUUUUUUCAGAUUU